ACUGAAGCCACUUACUCUGUGCUAGGUUUUUAUUUGUGGUGCUUAAAGCCUAUAGCGUAAGCAUGUCUGGUCGUGGUAAAGGCGGCAAGGGUUUGGGAAAAGGGGGCGCUAAGCGCCACCGUAAAGUGCUCCGUGAUAACAUUCAAGGAAUCACGAAGCCGGCUAUUCGCCGUUUGGCGCGCCGCGGUGGCGUCAAGCGUAUUUCGGGCUUGAUCUAUGAAGAAACUCGCGGAGUGCUGAAGGUGUUUCUGGAGAACGUGAUUCGCGAUGCUGUCACUUACACCGAACACGCUAAGCGGAAGACUGUCACUGCCAUGGACGUGGUCUAUGCUCUGAAACGCCAGGGUCGCACUCUGUACGGCUUCGGCGGCUAAGUUUUUCCUCUCACACCAAAACCAUAAAAGGCUCUUUUAAGAGCCACCCACACUUUCACAACGAGAGCUCAAUUACUAGUGGUGUCUUCUAAAGCUGUUUAAGGGUAUUCUAUUUCCUCACGUGACCUAAAUCAUACAUUAUAUAAGGA